AUGGAGAAUUUAUUUGAAUCAUUUACAGAAGAAUUGGAACAAGAUUUUCAACUUAGACAAAAUAUUAAAGAAAUUAUGACAAAGAUUGAACCAAUUGAUAGAAAGUUAAGUCAAAUGGUUCAAACCUAUCAUCAAGUAAAUAACACAAUGAGCUAUCAACAAUUAUUAGAGGAAAUUCAACCAAUGAAAGCACAAAUUGAUCAAUUAAAAUUACUCAUUAAACCAGUACUUUAUUAUAAAUAUAGAGAUUAUUGGAAAUUUUCAAUCACUCAAAUCUCUUUUAGUUUAAUUUUCUCUUAUUGGGUUGAAAAGAAAUCUUUACUUAAAAUUGAUCAAGUUCAAUCUAUUUUAGGUCUUGAUGAAAAUAAACCAGGUUCAUUCUCACUUGAACUUGAAGAUUAUUUAAUUGCUUUAUGUAAUCUUUCAAAUGAAUUGAGUAGAUAUUGCUUAAAUUGUGUAAUUAAACAAGAUUAUGAAACUCCAUCAUUAAUUUCAAAAUUUAUCUCUGAUUUAUUUGCUGGUUUUAGAUUAUUAAAUCUUAAAAAUGAUAUUAUUAGAAAAAGAUAUGAUUCAAUGAAAUAUGAUUUAAAAAGAAUUGAAGAAGUUGUUUAUGAUAUUUCAGUUAGAAACUUAAUAAAAAAAUAA